AUGGCUGUUGGAUAUUUUCUCUCUUGCUUCUUGCUCUUUGCAGCUACCGUCCUAUUGCUCAUUGCCACCAUCUCCGCACCGAUAUGGGACAAAGUAGCUUUUAUGAAUGUUCAGAAUAAUGGCGCUAAGAUCGCUUUUGGUACUUUUGGAUACUGUCAAUCAGGCGUGAGUGGUUCUAACAAUGGCUGUUCCGAUACUGCUUUAGGGUACAAUAUCGCCGCUUUAUCUGGAGCCGUGACCGACUGGACUUACGUUAACAACCAUCUGGAGACUGUUACAAAAGCUCUUAUUCUCCAUCCUAUUGCUUGUGGUAUCUCCGGAAUCGCAUUCCUUAUCGCCCUCGUCUCCCACAGAAUCGGUUUCUUAUUCUCUUCCUUGGUCGCCUUUUUGGCUUUCAUCGUCUCCCUCGCUGUGAUGAUUAUCGACUUUGUUCUGUUCGGUAUCAUCCGUCAUGAGAUUCGCGACAACAGCUCUGGUACAGCCAAUUAUUCGACUGCCAUCUGGCUCGUUUUGGCAGCUACGGUGAUCUUGUUUUUCGCCACUUUCGUUGUACUCUUUGAAUGUUGUGCCGGUCGCUCGAGAGAUCGUAAAUACGCUUCGACCGGAUAUGCGGAACCACAGAUGGCUCCUGCUACGGGGUAUGGUAGGACUUGGUACGGUAGGAAAAGGUAUUAUUAG